AGACCUCGUGACUGACGUCAUACAGGAAGUCCUUCCAGCGGAGCAUCAACAUAAUCAAGCUACUCGUUUUUAUGCUCACCAUGUCAGGAGCAGAAGCAAAGCACAAUUCACAGAGCUAACCCAGCGUUGAACCAUCAUGUGGUGAUGCCAUGCAGAGAAGACACAGCAGCAACACGGAUGGCAUGCCCUCUGAAAGGACUCGAAGCCAAACCCUGGGGUCGGAGAGCAGCCUGGAUGAGGGUGGUGUGUUUGACUGCCUGAAGCCCGAGUCGUCCACUUCACCCCAGCAGAUCUUCUCAGGACUGGUGGGGGUCCCCUCCAGCUCUAUCUCUCCAAACCAAUUCCAGGCAGCUGGCUUAGUCUUGGGCUCCCCGCCUGAAGUUUUCAUCCAGAUGACCGGGUCCUCCAGAGAAGAAGGGGCCACCCAUCGAACAGAGGGUGGCCCGUUCCUCCAGCGGCCACCCCACCACCAUCACCACCACCACUUCCACCACCAGCCCCUGCAGCACAGGACCUCCUCUCUGCUCCAGCAGGCCACCACAGCUGCCGGCUCUGAGAGGCACGGCUCCAGGGAGGAGGCCCAGGACGAGCAGUCCACUCCAGCUCCAGCUCUGUCUGAGCUGAAGGCUGUGGUCACCUGGCUGCAGAGGGGCUUUCCUUUCAUCCUCAUUCUGCUGGCUAAAGUCUGCUUUCAGCACAAAUUAGGUAUCGCCAUUUGUGUGGGGAUGAUCAGCACAUUCGCCUACGCCAAUUCCACAUUUAAGCACCAAGUUUCAUUGCGGGAGGAGCGUUCAGUGUUUGUUGCUUUGUGGAUCAUUGUGUUCCUCUCAGGGAACGUUGUGUACAUCUACUACACAUUUAGUCAGGAGGAGCUGCACAGCAGCCUGAUGUUUGGAAAGCCCACCCUGAGCAGCUUCGGCUUCUUUGAUCUGAUCUGGGUGGUGGGAAUCACCGACUUUGUCCUGAAGUUUGUCACCAUCGGCCUGAAGUGCUUCAUCCUCUUUCUGCCAAAGAUUCUCAUGGCCUUCAAAUCCAGGGGAAAGUUCUACCUGCUGAUUGAGGAGCUGAGCCAGCUGUUUCGGGCUCUCGUGCCCAUCCAGUUGUGGUACAAAUACAUCAUGGGAGAGGAGCCGUCCAACAGUUAUCUGCUGGGAGCCACACUCAUCAUCAUCUAUAGCCUCUGCAAGUCGUUUGACAUUUGUGGACGGGUAUCUGCUCUCCGUAAGGCCUUGGUCAUUCUCUGCAGCUCCCAGAGCUAUGAAGUGAGGGCCAGCAGUCAGCAGUGCAGCGAGGCAGGUGACGUCUGUGCCAUUUGUCAGGCUGAUUUCAAAGACCCCAUAGCUCUGAUGUGUCAGCACGUCUUCUGUGACGAGUGCCUGUGUUUGUGGUUCGACCGCGAGAGAACGUGUCCUCUGUGCCGCACGACCAUCAUCGAGACCCUGCGGUGCUGGAAGGACGGCACCACGUCGGCUCACUUCCAGAUAUACUGACGCCCGACAGCAAACGGGCAAUCAGAACAAUGCUGCGCUAUGAAGCAAGUUAGACAAUAAAGUGGGUAUAAUUUCAAUCAGGAUGGAUAGUAUGGCAGUAAUAAACAUCAUAAACAUAAAUUAAAGGUUUUAUUUGCAAACAGUAAAAUAAGAAAGGUGACCUUGGGCUAAAUCCAGUGGUGCAGUUUAAAAUAACUUCAGAAAUUUUCCAUUUAUAUGAUUCUAAAAUGCAGGUACGCACCUAAUGUAAACAAAGCACUUUAAACUGGAAGUGGCAGAAAUGAAGAUGUUAAGGAAUAACGA